AUGUUUACAAACGACUUACUGUUUGUUGCAUUGUGUCUUGUUUUCGCUCUUUAUGUUGGUCAAUUUGUCCAUGUGACUAAUGGCCAAAAUUGUUCAGCAUCAAGUUUAGUUUCGAAUUUCGCUAUUGAUCAAGCUGCCAAUGUUCAAUGUCAAAUUGGCUACGCUCCAGACAAACUUUCAUUACAAUGUAGACCCUAUGACACUGUAUUCGAUGAAAAUUAUGGUAAACUUUGUAAUGUCUCAAGUGAUUGUCAAUUAAGUUUCGUUUGUAGUGAAUUGUCAAAGAUUUGCGUUCCUUCCAAAACCAGAAGAUUAGGAGACGCAUGUCUUGCAAGAGAAAGUUGUGUAGAGCCAUUCAAUUGUUUUAACGGAGUUUGUUCCAUUGUAAAGGAAAGCAGUGAUAGAAAAUUUGGUGAAAAGUGCAAUUUCAUUGAUUAUGCCAAUAAUACAAAGCACUUAUGUAAUCCUACCUUUGCAUGUCUAGCUGUUUCUUAUCCAAUUUAUCACUGUUUUGAAAGAAUAGAAUCUGAUAUUGGUGGAUUUUGUGGUCAGAACUCAACUUCUUUCCAAAGUGGUUCUUGUAAAGUGGGAAUGUGCAAUGCCAUAACUGAACAAUGUGUUCCAUAUCUUACCAAUGCAACAGAAGGUCAAGGUUGUGAAAUUAUGACACCAAAUUCGUAUACCACAUGUGGUUCAAAUUACGAGUGCAGAUUAGGAACGUGCUAUUUGAAAGUAGAUGCAGGACUCGAUGAAACAUGCUUAUAUUACAAUUCUACUUCAUAUACAUUCGGGGUCUGUAGGGAAAAGCUAACAUGUUCAGGUGGAAAGUGUAUUGGAUUGACAAUUUCACCACUUGGUGGAUAUUGUGGUCAAAACUCAACUGGAAGAUAUAACUGUGGCAAUGGAUACUGUUUCCUUGAAAAGUGUGUACCUUAUGUGAGUUCUCUAAUAGGAGGAAAGUGUGAUGUAACUGAUUCUGAAGGUUUUUUCACAUGUAAGAAUGAUGGUACCUCACCAUAUUGUUUCAACAACAUAUGUAGGACAAGAGGAAAGUUGGGCGAAAGCUGUCAACACAAAUCUGAUUCCUGUACCUCUCAAUUAAUUUGUAGGUCCAUUGGAGGAGCUCCAAAAACAUGUGAAAAUUAUGCACAAAAGAAUGAAAACUGCUCAUCCACUUCUGAUUGUGCUACUGGAUUAUUGUGCCUGUAUUCAAAGUGCACUAAUUUGAAUGGAAAAUCAGUGGGAGAGGCAUGUUUCUCCAACUCUGAAUGUGAUUCUGGUUUGUGUUACAAUAGCAUUUGCUCACUGAAUUACAAUACCUCUUCAUGCAGUACUGAUUCUGAUUGUAAUAUUUAUGAAAAUUCCAAGUGUUCCUGUGGUUCUGGAAGAUCUUCAUCAGAUUCCACAUUUGGAACUUGUGCUGGUUUGAAGAGAUGCAAUGUUUACCAACUCAUUCUUGAAAUCUGUCUUUCCAAUUAUGGAAGAGGAGCCUCUGUAACAACUAUUUUUGACAGACACAGCUCCAUUCACAAAGAUUGUGCCAAAGAAUUUUCUCAAUAUUAUUCAUGUUUGAGAAUUGGAAUUAGUGAAGCAGGUAAUGUUCAAUCUCUUUCAAUUUCUGGUUUAGAUGUCAACACUCAAGUUAAAGAUCCUGCAGUUGUCAAGAUUGCCCAAUGUAAUGCCUUUUUAAGUCACCAUCUGUCUGUUUGCUCUGGAUUUGGUGAUUGCAUUGCUGAUGGUGUUUGUAAAUGUUAUCCAGGAUAUACUGGAACUUAUUGUCAAACAAUUUACACACCUCAAAAAUCAUCAAUUAUUCCACCAACAAAUUCAAUUGGUGGGGAAAACCGCACUGCCCUACUAUCUGAAGGAAAGAAGAAUACCUAUUCAAACUUGUUGUGGAUUGUCUUAAUUUCAUUGAUUUUUAUUCCACAUUAA